AUGAGCAAAUCUCCGACCCCAAUGGAAACCCCGGGGCAGCGGAGCCCCAGUAACGGGGUCCCUGAGAUUCUCCAGUCUCCUCAGCAUUCAACUCCUGGCUCCGAGCCGCAAAUUAAGAAACACAUCUCCAGUCUUCUUCAGAGCCCGUCAUUCAAAGAGGAGCUGGAUGCACUGAUCCAGGAACAGAUGAAGAAGGGUGGCAGUUCAUCAAACCUUUGGGCACUCAGGCAAUUGGCCGACUACAUGGCCUUGCAUGGCUCACCUGCAACACUACCAGUGUCCCCAUCCAAUAUGAUGAUGGUAACGCCCAUUAAUGAUCUCCAAGGCUGGGAUCCUGGCAGCAUGGUGAAGGGGGAGCGACUGAUGCGCUGCAAGCUUGCCAGUGUCCAUCGUCUCUUUGAUCUCUAUGGCUGGGCCCAGAUCAGUCACAACUGUCUCACCCUGCGUGUCAGCAAAGAACAGGAACACUUCUUGGUGCUACCAGAUGGCCUUGCCUACAGUGAGGUUACUGGAUCAAGCCUGGUAAAGGUGAAUAUCUUGGGUGAAAUGGUGGAGAAGGGCAGUACCAACCUUGGUGUGGACACGGAGAAGUUUAGCCUGCACUCAGCCAUCUAUUCGGCAAGACCGGAUGCCCGCUGCCUACUUCACCUGCACACACCAGCCACAGCUGCAGUCUCGGCGAUGAAGUGUGGCCUGCUGCCAUUGUCCCAUGAAGCCCUACUGGUUGGUGAUGUGGCCUAUUAUGAGUACAAUGGAGUAAUGGAGGUGGAGGAAGAACGUGUGGAGCUUCAGAAAAGCCUUGGCCCCACUUGCAAGGUACUGGUGCUUAGAAAUCACGGGAUAGUGGCACUUGGGGAGUCUGUGGAAGAGACCUUCCAUGCAAUCUAUCACAUUCAGGCUGCCUGUCAAAUCCAGGUAUCAGCGUUGUGCAGUGCUGGUGGUGAACAGAACCUGAUUUUACUUGACCGGACCACCCAUAAACCCAGUCAUGCUGGCACUGUGGGCUGGGCUGGCUCUACGUUUGGUCCAAUGCAAAAGAGUCGCAUUGGAGAACAUGAGUUUGAAGCCCUCAUGAGAACUCUAGAUAAUUUGGGUUAUCGUACUGGCUACGCCUACCGUUUCCCAUUGCUAUUGGAAAGAUCACGAUCACAAACACGAAAGGAUAUAGAGGUUCCUGCAACUGCCACAGCCUUUCACCAGUUCAAUGAUGACGGCCUUCCUUUGGGUCUCAAACAGCAUCCUUUUACCCUCCGCCAGCAGCAGGAGAGAACUAGAUGGCUCAACACCCCCAAUAUCUACCAGAAAGUCAGCCAAGAACAGGCUAGUCCUGGACACCAGCGCACCACGUGGAUGAAGACGGAGGAAAUGACACAAGCUGGUAGUACAGCUAUAAAGAUAGAAAACCCAAACCAGUUUGUGCCUCUUUUUACUAACCCUCGAGAAGUGAUCGAGACACGAAACAAGAUCCGACAGCAGAAUCGUCAAGACAUGAAAACAGCAGGGCCACAGUCCCAGGUCCUUGCCAGCGUGGUAACGGAUGAUAGCCCUCCGGUAAAAUCACCAGUCAGCCCACCUCAACUUCCACCAGAGCCUGAAAUGCCCAACCCCUUUAAUCAACUGACAGACAAGGAGCUAGAGGACUACCGCAUGGAAGUUCAGAAGAAACAAGACAUUGGGCCCAAUGGGGAAGAGGUGGCAAAUGAUGCGUCUCCUGCUACCUCUCCCACAAAGAGUCCUCAACCCAACCACCCCACCCUCUCAGCAGGAGACACAAAGACGGGCUCCCCAGUUAUACAGAAUGGAGGUGAAGAGGAGAAGCAGGCUGAAGACUUAGAGAAAGGAAUGAAGGCUCUUUCAACCAAUGACACCUCCACCCCUGCCACUCUGCCUGCCAAACCACAGGGUGAAACACCUGAAGGUUCGCCAUGCAAGUCCCCGUCAAAGAAGAAAAAGAAGUUUAAGCCACCAUCAUUCCUGAAAAAGAGCAAGAAGCAGAAAGAAAAGGCAGAAUCCUGA